AUGGAGCAAUGGUACCGGCCCGCCGUGUCGCCGGAAGUCCACGCCGCGCUGUACGAUGGCAUGGCGCGCCGCCUGCAACUGCCAGCGAACAGCGACGUGGUACCUUCCGACUAUGUCCUUGGCGCGCCGCUAUCGUGGCCGGCCUUUGUGGCGGCAAUUCGCGGCUCGGACGCACCCGGCCACGGCGUCGACUGCGCAUGGACUGUCGCCUUGGCCGUCGAUCGCCACCUCCGCGCCGCGCCCGAGGCCACCUGCGAGCGCUUUGAAGCACUUGUCAAUGGCUUGCCCCACGGCGCUACUCUUUCGCCGCUCGUCCGCACGUAUUGGGCGCAUGGCCAUCACUACAUUAGCUUUACGCUGCUCGUGACGGUCCUCGAGCGAGCACUCUACAACACGUACGCACGCUGCAACGACGGUGUCAAGAGUAACAUGAUUCUGCGCGACUUGUUGCAAUCGCCCGAGCUCGUCCAAGCGCUGCCACCCGGCUAUCUGCAGCUGCUGCGCCUCCUCUUCUUUCCAUCCGGGCUCAAUUUGCGGAACCUUGUCUGGCAUGGGUUCGUCGCACCCAUGGACCUGCCGGGGUGCUUCGCCUCGCUGCUUCUUGUGCUCUUGGUCGAGCCCGUGCUGCUCGACGCUGCGAGUGCGCACUUGGUCUACGCGUCGCUGCCGCCGUUUGCUCCGUCGACGGCCCCGCUUUGCGCGGCGACCCGGAACUUUGUAGCAGCCGUGGACCUCGACAACGUGUUUGCUGCUGCGUCGGUGCAAGCCAAGGCACGACAACGGCUUGUACAGCGCGCGAUCGACGCGUUGCAAGACGGCCACGCGCUCUUUUCCCUCUUUUUAUCGAUUCCCGUGCUCGAGUACCUCGUGCGCUGCGACUUUGUGCGCGUCAAUCCUAGCGUGCCCCGGGGCAUGGCCCACGCGCAACUCGCCGAGUACUACUCGACGCUCGACGGCUUUGGCCAGCGCUCGCAGCACCAAGUGCUUCUCGCACGCACUUUGUUUGAUUCGGUACCGACGCUUUCUUCUACCACAGACGACGAUCGCAAUCGACUCUACGAGACGCUGUCGCCGAGUGCGUUGGCGGCCUCGGUCGAUCUCUUCAUGUGCGCUGCCGGCCCUAACGUCCGCGCCAAGCUCUGCCACGGCGAAGUCGACUUGUCAACGCUGUGGGUUGCGACACCCUCGGGGACGACGACAAUCGACAUUAGCGCUGCGCUCGUGUUGCUGCUGCUGCUGGAGCGGCUUUGCCCGUCCGACCAGCUUGCGUCCGUCCUCCGCGCGUACACCAGCCAGUUUCACCCGUACGCCAUGCUGCAAACCGAGCUCGGGAAGACCGCGGCUGCCCUCGCUUCCUUUGGCCACCAGAGGCGCACGGUGCGCUUCAAUUGA